CUGGAGUUUUUCUUCACUUCAAUCGUCAGUUCACUUUUUUUAUUUUGAGGUCAAUUUCGUUAAAGACUAAAUAUUUAUUACUAUUAUUAUAUUCUAAUCUAAUUGUAGUAUUCGUAAUCUCAGACGGUUUAUAAAUAAUAAGAGUUCUCAGAGCUAUGAGAUUUUUUUAAUAAAUGUUGAAUUAUCUUCAAAAUGUUUCAAGCGGGAAUAUGCAAAAUUAAAUCAGAGUAUGUUUUGCCAGAAACUGAAAGGGUUAUUAAUCUAAAUUUAGUGUCUGAUAAGGACAAGUCAAAUAUCUCUGACAAAGAUGAGGAACCUGACUUGAAAAAGCAAAGAUUUAGCAAACGUGAUAAGAAAAAACUCAAAGGACAGAAUAAAGCACGGGGUCCUACAUUUCAUGUAAAUAAAAAGUCCGAACUUUGCGAUUACUACUUAGAGUUGACUGAGGGUCAAGACUUACCCAGAUGUGAGCGCAAAAAUUGUCAAAAUUUGCAUGACAUAGCAACAUACUUGCAACAAAAACCAAAAGAUAUUGGUGAAUCAUGUUAUAAUUUUCAGCAGACUGGUAAAUGUGAAAGGGGCCUUACUUGCAGAUUUGGUAGUGAACACAUAAGAAAUGAUAGAAAUUUAAUAGAUUUAGAUAAAUUCCAAAUUAAUGAAAAUCAACGGUUAUCUACCAAAAACCUAUUGACAAAGGAUCUUCAGUGGUCUUUAAGAAAAAGAACGUACAACUUUAAUUUGUCUGACAAAUUGAUCCAAUUUAAUGAUCAGCUUUACAAGGAAUCAGGUGAAAAUAGCGAGGCUACUUCUGGUGCAAUAACUGAUGAGGACAUUAUUAAAUUAAAAAAACGGGAAAGGAAAAACAUUAUUUGGGCUGACAAACUGGUACUAAGCCCAUUAACAACAGUAGGAAAUCUUCCUUUUAGAAGGAUAUGUAAGGAGUUUGGGGCUGAUGUUACUUGUGGGGAAAUGGCAAUGUGUUCUUCUCUACUGCAAGGAGCACCUCAAGAAUGGGCUUUGGUAAAGCGACAUUUCACAGAAGAUAUUUUUGGUGUACAAUUGUGUGCAAAUAAUCCACAUUUGUUAACUAAAUGUGGUCAGUUGUUAGAGCAGGAAUGUGAGGUUGACUUUGUAGAUUUGAAUCUGGGCUGUCCAAUAGAUUUGGUUUUUAAACAAGGAGCAGGAUGUGGCCUUUUGUGCAGAAAGAAAGCUCUCCAAUCAUGCAUUAGAAAUUUGAGUGAUGUUUUAAGCAUUCCUUUAACAAUUAAAACUAGAACUGGUGUAUACAAUAAUCAAAAUGUGGCCCAUAUUCUGGCACCACAAUUUCGAGACUGGGGAGCCAGUAUGAUCACAAUACAUGGGAGGUCACGUGAACAGCGCUACACUAAAUCUGCAGACUGGCAGUAUAUCCGUGAAGUUGCAAAAGCUGCUUCUCCAUUGCCAGUGUUAGGAAACGAGUUAGCUGGAGUAAUGAUUGGCAGGGGGGCAUUAAUAAAACCUUGGUUGUUUAAAGAAAUUAAAGAAAAGAAACUUUGGGAUAUUUCAAGUUUAGAACGACUAGAUAUUAUCAAAAAAUAUGUGAAUUAUGGAUUAGAGCAUUGGGGAUCUGACAAUAAGGGAGUAGAAAAUACCAGACGGUUUUUGCUAGAGUGGUUGUCAUUUUUAUACAGGUACAUACCCGUAGGAAUUUUAGAACAUCCUCCACAGAAAAUAAAUGAAAGACCACCACUUUACAAAGGGCGGGACGAAUUAGAGACUCUUAUGUCAUCUCCUUCAGCGAGUGAUUGGAUCAAGAUCAGUGAAAUGCUUCUGGGACCUGUGCCACAAGAUUUUCAUUUUUUGCCCAAGCACAAAGCCAGUUCUUAUCAAUGAAAAAGGUUUAAAUAAAUCCAACUAAGUUUAACUUGCCAAAAAAAAAGAACAGAAAAAAUUAUAAACUUUAAUAAAUUACUACAUGCCUAACUAGUAU